CACACCAGAGCACAGAAUUUUGGAAUUAUUAUUAUAUUUAAUUAGAAGUUAACUAAACGCAAAACAAUAUGCCUGCACCUUACAGGGCCAGUGCAAAGGUCCAGUCGCCCACUAUUGAAGUGCUUCACGAAUCGCAUUAUUUUCGACGCUGCACCUCCAAACAAUCCCUGCAGUCCACCAUGAGCUCGAAAAGUAUGAAGAGCGUGAAGAGUGCAACUAGUGGAAAGACAACACUAGAACUUCCCAGACACACUAAACGCGUGACGUUCAGCAAGCCAAGCAUUGAGAAGCCGCUGAAUAGGGAAAUCGAAAUACAAACAGGCCUAACAUCAUGUCUGAUAACAACCCCAACCCUAGAGCAACGGCAUUCAGGGGGUGCCAAUAAUCCUGCCGAGCGCAAGGUAAUCGGAGCCCCUCGUACAGCAAGUGAAUGUAAAAUAUCGGCGCCUGGUAUAGAUUACCUAAUGGGUAGUAAAGAGCCUACAGUGGCUAGCUUUGAGCUCAAAAUAGAUGCCACCCCACCCCCACUUUUGAAAAAUAAGUGCGGCUUCUUCCCCAAAUAUGUUGACUCCAGCCCUUUUAAGGAACAGGCCACACAGACGCUUUAUCGUGAGUCCUCGGCACAGACCCUACCUUAUUUACCCGAAAUAGUCGACAAGGAGCUGGCUGAGGGACUGGAGCUUUUUAAGCUAUCAACGCUGCUGCCGGGCGAUAAGCCACCCGGACUUUAUGAAGUUGAAAUACUAGAGCGAGCGCGAAAACGCUGGGCCUUCACUAGCGCCCUAAAGACAAACUUCAAAAGACAGUUGCACGAGGCUCGCGAGCUGGCCAUCAAGUCCAAGUACAAGACUAUACUGCAAGCCUUUGAAUGGGAACACUGGAUCGAACGCGAAGAGUAUAUACAGGAAUGCCAAAUGAUGCGUCUAGAAAUCGUCAUUCGCAUGUUUGACAAGCGGGAGCAGGAGAUGCACACCGCCUCCAAGACGCGCAUCGAAUUGGCAUGUGAUCGCAUAGAACAGCGUCGUCUAGCUGGUCUCAAGAAAAAUGAAACGGAAUUCCAUCGCGCCAAUCGACGUUUGCUGUGGAAACAUACAAACACAUCCCGGAAAUGGUCAAAGCAACAUCCAAUUGUUGCACUAGGCUCGCCAACCUCAGAGUUUUAUGCACCCCUUAUACGGAAUGGCGUGGAUCCGGCUCGUGGCCACUUCCAGUGCACACAGAAGACCUUUGAUAUGCGCAUCGAUGAUUUGGAGAAACGCGUGGAUAUGAAUCAACUGGAAUGUCCAUUCACCAAACUCAGGGAAUGGUCUAGGCCAAAGGAAACUGUUAAGGAGUACGAACAGAACUUCUGCUCUGACGCCAACCUACAGAAAUUAUAUGAAUCGCUCAAAGGACUUCGCACACAAGCCGCUAAGCAGAAGAUGUCGCCAAAGUGCCUGAAGAAACGCUAUCAUGCGGAGCCACCGAGGGAGACAGUUCGGCGCGAGAUAUACGAGUAUGCGGAAACAGACUAUUCGGCAUACUAUAAGAAAACCGAAACACCUGACGCGGAUAAAGAAAAGACAGAACAGUUCACACCUGAACAGCUGCUCGCCUUCCAGAGGCACUGCGCCAAUGCAGAAGUGCCAACUCAACAGCAGGCCAAGGAAUUGUUGGCUGAGCGCUGUCAAGAGGAUCUCGAGAAUUUAUUGUACAUGUAUGAGGGCACCACCAUAGGUUGGGUUAUGCAAUUCCUAUCCGAAGAAAUGGAACGAUUAAAAGAGCAAAGAAAAAUGCACUUCUUUUCUAUACUGGCGCAGAAGGAGCGUUGGCGACGUGAAGCUGCCGAGGCGGGUCUGAGGCAAAAGGAGAACGAGAUGCGUAAUUUGUACGAAGAGCUGUUCCAGGAAUGUAAUUUGACCAACUCAGAAGUGUCGAAAGAAUAUAUAAAAAGCAUAUUAACCACCGACAUGUCUCAUAUUGAAACAAAGGAAGCUAAUGAAUCCAUUCAGGAAUUAGCUAAACGCAUUGAUAAGGAUAUAAAGCACUGGCUUGACAGUUUCAAGCUCGUCCAGACUCCGUUGACUUAUGAACCGCUACGUUAUGCACUCCGCGAUAUCGUCUAUCCAGACUUAAAUUCUGCCCUCGAAGCUCGCGAAAAAGAGUCUAUGAGCAAAUAUAUUAUCGAAGAAGUGCUAUUUCCAAAGAUUUGGGAUGAGCUCGAGCCCUACGACAUUGCUUCUGCACUGACCAGCGACCUCGUCGAUCGGUUAAUCGACAACGACCUAUAUCUUUUCUCAACCGAUAGCGAGAGCGAUACAAACUCGGCAUCCAUUGAAGCUGGGGCCAUUAUACGCAAGGUGAUACGUCAAGCUGUUCCCGGUCGUCGCUGGAAAACAGAAGUUGAGCGCAUUGCGCAUGAAAACUAUAACGAUCUCUUCGAUGAUGUGUUUGAUGAAAUAUUACGAAACUUCUUAACCGGUGCGGAUUUGCCACCAGCCGAACCCUCUGUUGUGCAUUAUGUUAAUGAACGCGCUCUAAUAUUCGAAUUUGAUGAUCUUAAAUUCGAAGAUCCAUACCUGAAGCUACCAUCGUUGGCCCACGAAGACUCGGAAAUAAUACGAACCCAAGUUCUUAGCCUAUUGAAGAAACUAAAAACCGACUUUGUGACAAAGACUCUGGCUAGCGACGAUAAAUAUGAAGGCGAUGAUAACUUUAAAGAUUCUGAUCCAGAUACUCUAAUUGCGUAUGAAAUAUACAAUCGUGCUACCAAGAAUAACGUGGAGCUGGAGGAAAUUUACAGUAUUUUAAGCACAUUGGAUAUUGGAGAUUUGCCGGACUUUAAGAUCUUAAAGGCAUAUCAAGCAUGGAAAAAAGAGCGCGCGGAGACAGAGAAGUCCUCUUCAUUGUCAGAUAUAGGAGUCGUAUUUGAUAAAAAAGAAACUCGCGAAGAAGCACAACAGACCUCGUCUCACGACACGCUUCUAGGUAUAAUUGACGCUAUUGUUUCUAGUGAGGAAGAAACCGAUGUUGCUGAUCAGAAUCUGUUUGAUUCAGAAGAAGAAAUCAAUUACGAGGCAGACGAAGAACAGAGCUGGAAGGAGUUGACAGAGCCAAGUGCGCCAUUACUAAUACCAGAAGAAGAAGCGCCUGAAGUACCAAUAGAAUUGGAAGCACCAGACCUUAAUUUAGUCGUGGAAGAAGAACAAAAUGAGACUGAAGCAGUUUUAAAAUGCGAGCAGAUUUCUGAAGUAGUCACCCCCACACCAGUCGCCCCCCUACCAGCCCCAGACAUUGAUGAUGGGGCGGAUACAAGUUCCUUCUUCAGUACCAAACUUAGCUCGACAAUUCAUAGCGGAAGUUCAUAUAGCUUGAUAAAAUCGGGUUCCCACAUAAUUCCAAAUGUAGCAGUCAAUGACUUGUCACCAGAAGUACAGCGAGAGUAGAUCAUAAAUGAAUGCUACUACUUUUUUGACACAUGUUUGAAUUAAAUUAAAUGUUUAUUACCAGUA